AUGAAGCCCAAAGAGGUAGCAGUGGUUCAAGUGGCCGACCAGGGCAGGGUGCCUUCGGAAGCAAUCAGGGAGGUUUCGGCCAAGGUCAACAGGGUGGUUUCGGAAGUAGUCAAGGAAGUUUUGGGCAGGGUAGCCGACCAGGGCAGGGUGGCUUUGGAAAAAAUCAGGGAGGUAUCGGUCAGGGUAGCCGACAGGGUGGUUUCGGAAGCAAUCAAGGUGGUUUUGGGCAGAGUAACCGACCAGGGCAGAGUGGUUUUGGUAGUAAUCAGGGCCAAGGAGGAUUUGGUCAAGGUGGGCGACCAGGACAGGGUGGAAGCGGUAGCGGCAGCCAAGGUGGUUUUGGGCAAGGUCAAGGCGGCCAGCGUGAUGAUACUUUUUGGAACCAUUGCAGCUGCGAUUCUGUCAAUAACAAUAGCACAGUAUGGUGGAGGUGGGUUCGGUCAUCAUGGACCAAUUUAUGCGCCAGGCUAUCAAGGUUUUGGUCCAAGUGGAUUUGGACGACCUGGCUUUAGGCCUCCAGGAGGAUUUGGACCACACGGAGGUUUUGCACCUUACGGAGGUUUUGGGCCGCAAAGAGGUUUUGGUCCGCAUGGUGCUUUUAGACCACACGAAGAAUUUGGCCCUGUUCAGGGUGGGUUCGGAGGAGGUACACAUGGUGAAUAUGGACGAUAA